AUGAAAACAACUGGUCUUUUCAGAAGAAAUACGGUUGUAACAACAUCACAUAAACGCGAUGACGAUUUUGCUGAUUAUGCUACAGUAAUUAGUGCUGAAGAUGACCCAAAGAGACUUAAAGAAUAUAUCACUAAGAUUUAUAAAGCUUACAGAGAUAAGAGCAAAAGUCUUAGAUCUGCUUAUGCAAAACUUGAUUUAUUAAAUAAUGAAAUAACUCAGGAGAAAACAAGGUUUCAUGAUAUUGAAGAUGAAAAUCAAUCACUCAGAGACCAAAUGCAAGGAAUGGCUGAUCAAUUAGUGUCGAAAGAAGAGGAAUUUAAUGAAUGGCAAAAACAAUUGGCAGAACAGACAAAAAGAGAACGUGAAGUUCUAAGUGAAGAGUUUGAGGAACAGGGAACGCAGCUUAAAGAAAGAAUUAAUCAACUCGAAGAUGCAUUAAAUCUUGCAAAUUUAGAAAUCACAAGAUUAACCAUCGAAAUGGCCGAAUUAACAGAUCCUUGUCAAUCUUCUGCUUCAGAUUCAGGAAACGAAAGUAGAUCUUCAUUGGAAAUACUCUUCACCGACAAAAAAAAAAACUUCGAUCAAGAUAAACACGAAUUAACUAAACAAAUACUUGAAAUCACACAGCGUAGGAUGAGUUUACAGACUGAAUUGACAUUAGUGGAAGAAGAAAAUACUGAUUUAAAGCUUCAAUACACACAAAUCACGAAGGAGAAUCAAACCUUACGACGCGAAAAUGAUGAACUCAAACAACAAGUUGGAAAGAAAAUGUUUAUGAGAUCGAUGGAAGACGUUAAUCUUGAUGAUUAG